CUUCUCUCUCUCCUUCCAGUCUCGCAUAUGAUAUGUGUCCGAAGCAAGAACAGCGAUAAUCUCUCUCCCUACACGCAGCAACAUGUCUUUCUUCUUCCUACUCUCUCUCCCCAUUCUCCUCUCCUCUCCUUCCUUUCCGUACGAUACUACGUAUCGGAUCGACUGCGGUGGGGCCGACAACUUCACUAGCGAAUUCAAUCAGUCAUGGAUUGCCGACCGGUUUUACACUGGUGGGGCCCCGGCCAUCGUCGCCGGGCCCCACAAUUUCCGUCUGCCGCAGGAGAAGACCCUCCGGUUCUUCCCAAUCUCAUUCGGGAAGAAGAACUGCUACAACGUGGCUGUGCCCAAUGGGCGGUACUACAUUCGGACGUUCACCGUCUAUGACAAUUACGAUAGCAAGCUGCAUUCGCCGAGCUUUGACAUGUCUGUCGAAGGGACGCUUGUAUUCAGCUGGCGGUCCCUGUGGGAGGAGGAGAUCAGUAAGUUGGGGGCCUACUCCGACGUCUUCACCUUCAUCAAUGACGCGGAGGUGGCUGUGUGCUUUUACAGCAUUGCGACCGAUGCGCCGGUGAUCGGGUCGCUGGAAAUUGUGCAGGUCGACCCACUGUCAUAUGAUUCUUCCACCACUGGCCACGAUAUGAUAUUGGUGAAUUACGGGCGCCUGACAUGUGGGUCUAAUUUGUUUGGCCCGGGCUUUAGCAAUGAUAUGGAUGAGUUCGGGAGAGCUUGGCAACCGGAUACGAAGUUCCGUGACAGGAAUUCGAAGGUUAAGCAGGUGUCUACUACGGCCCAUGUAUACGGGACCAAUCAGGCGCCAAAUUACUUUCCGACCCAUUUGUACCAGACUGCGAUCACAGCUAUCGGUGGUGGGAGUUUGGAUUAUGAACUGUCAGUGGAUACGAGGUUGGAUUACUUGGUUUGGUUCCAUUUUGCGGAGAUUGACCCGAGUGUCACGGCGCCUGGGAAGCGUGUCUUUGAUGUGUACAUCAAUCAGAAUAAUGUGAGUAGGAUUGAUAUAUUCAAGGAAGUCGGGGCUUUCUCUGCAUUUAAUUGGCAUUACACAGUUACUAACUUGAAUUCUACGCCUUUGAGUGUGAGGCUUGUCCCGGUUGUGGGCCCGCCAUUGAUUAGUGGCCUUGAGAACUAUGCGAUGGUCCCAUUGGACCUUUCCACUGUUCCUAGUGAAGUGACAGCAAUGAGAGCCUUAAAAGAGUCACUCCGGGUCCCUGACAGAAUGGGUUGGAAUGGAGAUCCGUGUGCACCUUCCACUUGGGAUGCUUGGGAGGGAGUUACUUGCCAUCGUAAUGCGAAGGGAAAUGGCCUUGUAGUCACUCAAUUGGAUCUUACAAGUCAAGGCUUGAAAGGUUAUAUCAGCGAUCAGAUAAGUCUUCUAACGAACUUGGUAAGCCUGAACUUAAGUUCUAAUUCUUUGGGAGGUACUCUGCCCUCAGGGAUAGGCCAAAAAUCUCUUGUAAGAUUGGAUUUGUCAAGUAAUAUGUUGUCCGGGACAAUUCCACAAAGCUUAAGUUCUUCAAGUCUUCAAGUUGCGCUACUGAAUGGAAAUCAAUUGGAAGGACAAGUACCUGAAGAACUCUAUUCAAUUGGCGUACAUGGAGGAGUGAUAGACCUCUCUAGUAACAAAGGCCUGUGUGGUGUUCCUACUCUGCCGGCUUGUCCUUUCUUCUGGGAGAAGGGAAACCUGUCCACCAGUGGCAAAAUCGCAAUUGGUCUAGCAUGUGCAGUUAUUCUCAUCUUGCUACUUUUGAUGAUUUACAUAUGUUGCAUUAGGAGAGGGAGAAACGAUUAUGAUUUUGGUCUUCCUCAAGAUCUCAUCUCACUUGCAGCAAAGAGAAAUAGAUAUCAGAGGCAGAAGUCUUUGAUGCUGCUGGAGAUGGAGACUCAAAACGCGAACGGAUUUCCAGCAACCAUGAAUCACCUUUAACUAUGGUAGUCUUCAAAGGAAGUGUUUGAACCAUGGAUCCUCCCAAUGUCCCAUGCAGUUACAAUGAGAAAUGGACAGACAAUACAUGAGGAAUGCCGGCAUAAAAAGGUUUGAUCUUAUGCCGUUGGACAGGUUAUACAAGUUCACAUUCUAUUCAUUUAUGUAUUUAAUCAUAAAUUAGAUGUCAGAAAACCAUCUUGUCUGUAAAAUACAGUUCAUGCCAUCAAGCAGGGAUGGCUGGAAUUCGUCAAAUGCCCAACCUGUGUAUCUCCAUAUCCAAAUUUUGGUAAUUUUCAAUACGAUGAGUGAGCCCAAGAGGGCUGAGAAAUGUCAAGCACUUAUGAGUGGUCUGAUCAUAUGAGAUUGUUUCA